AUGCCGUCGCGCACUCGUCAAGUUCCUGCUGACGAGGCCGAGGAAGAGACUGGCCUUCGUAGCCUGUCCUUCAAUCAGCCACUGUCAUGGCGCGUGGGGCGCCCGGCUAUCCCCAUCGCCGAUCUACUUGAACGUCUCCAGACCCUCGCUCAGGAACUUCGGAAGCUCGAACAGGAGGAAAUUGACAAAGAAUCCAUGCGAAAAGUGUCGCAAGAACUUGCUAGUGCUCAUCUGCUUGCGCACAAGGACAAGGGUGUGCGGGCCUGGGCCACGUGCUGUCUGGUCGAUGUCUUACGACUGUGCGCGCCGGACGCGCCAUUUACAAGGAAUCAGCUCAAGGACGUUUUUACCUGCAUCGUGACUUCGAUCAUCCCCGCAUUAGCUGAUCCAUCCAACGCUUACAAUGCGCAACACAUAUACGUCUUAUCAUCGCUUGCUGAGGUCAAGAGUAUCGUUCUCAUGACUGACAUGGACCACCCUGACUCUCUUAUCGUCCCCCUCUUCACCGCUUGCUUCGACAUUGUCUCAGGAUCAUCAAAGGCGUCAACUGGCGAGGAAGUGGCUAAGCACGUGGAGUUUGACAUGAUCCGACUCCUUGUGACGGUGAUCGAUGAAACGCCUGUCUUGGCCGCUGAGGUAGUGGACACCAUUGUUGCACAAUUCCUGCGGGUAGACCCGCGGGUCCUGGACAACCCUCGCAAGGGUAAACGCGGUGAUGCACCCGUUGAUGCCAAGCAGGACACACUUUUGUUGAAGGAUUAUCCGCCAGCUUACAACAUGGCCAAGGCAAUCUGUCAAGCCUGCCCAGAGCGAAUGACCAGUCACAUCAGCCAGUACUUCAACAAUGUCAUCAUUGAUGCGUCUGGACAUGCUGGUCAAGUCAAUGGAUCCAAAAAUGGGACUCGCAAGCCGAACUUGGACGAUUCAGAUGAAGAAGGCGAGGAUAUCAAGGAACUAAGCAAAGCGCAUCGCCUUAUUCGAGAGCUAUGGCGAGCCUGCCCGGAAGUUUUGCAAAAUGUCAUCCCACAAGUUGAAGCCGAGCUAUCUGCAGAAUCAGUCGCCCUUAGGUUACUGGCUACGCAAACAAUUGGUGAUCUGGCGGCAGGUAUUGGUGUUGCAGGACCCCCUUCACCACCACCCAUGGACCCCGCGGCUUACCCGCCAGUGACACUUGAAGAUUAUGCGCAGUCGAUCCCUCAGUCUAGUGUUCUUCUGACGCCUGUGUCACCAAAACCUUUUUCUCAGGUGCAUGCUUCAGCUUAUGAUGCAUUCUUGAGUCGGCGUCUUGAUAAGACCGCCUCGAUUCGCGCAGCGUGGGUCACAGUUGUGGGUCGGAUACUGCUGACCUCAGCAGGUGGCUCUGGUCUCAGUGAGAGCGAGGAGCAAGGUCUUGUCCAGAGCAUUGUCUCUAUGCUGCGCGACGCUGAUGAAAAGGUCCGCGUUGCUGCUGUUGAUACCGUCGGCCAAUUCGGCUACACACACGUCAUUGAAAAAUUGGGCAUGAAGGGCGGCUGCUCUUCACCAGAUUCAGUAUUGGCAAUUCUUGCUGAGCGUGUCAAGGACCGCAAGCCACACGUACGUGAGCGUGCCAUUAAAGUCCUCGCACGUAUAUGGGCUGUUGCUGCUGGGGACAUAGAGCAGAACACUGAACCUGUUGUGUCUCUUCUGAAAGACGCGCCGUCAAAGAUUUUUGAUGCUUACUAUACGGGUGAUCAAGAAGUUUUUAUCUUGAUUGACCGUGUUCUGUUUGAGACGCUUCUUCCAUUGAAUUAUCCACCGGUCAAGUCAAAGCUUAGCCGCACAGGUUCCAAUCAAUCCCAAAAACAGAAGGAUAGUCAGAGUUCCGAUCCUGACCUAGAAAAUGACGUUGACAAAAUCCGCGUCCGUCGCAUCCUGACUCUACUUCGGGGAUUGGAUGAGAAGGCCAGACGGGUUUUCUUCAUCACGCUGGCUCGUCAGCUGAAGAUGAGAUCGGCCACGACCCAGUAUCUGGAAAAAUGUGAGAACUAUAAUGGUGGUGUGGUUAACAAAAAUGAAGAGAAAGUAAAGGGCGAGCUGUCAUUAGUCAUUGACUCGCUGUCCAAGACAUUCCCCGAUGCUGUACGCGCAUCUGCGGAUUUGUGGAAAUUUGCCAAGACUCAUGAUCGACGCAGUUACCAGCUCAUUCGGUUUGCCAUGGCUGCUGUGAGUGAUUAUCGAACUGUGACCAAGGCUAUUAAGGAACUUCAGCGACGCGCACAGAGUGCCAACAACUCGCCCCUGCUUGAUACCAUUACCCCUCUUCUGUAUCGCAGUGGCUCUUUGAUUUUCAACCGCAGCCACAUUCCAGCGAUCAUGAAUCUCUCCCGGACUGACGAGAAUGGUCUGGCCAACGCCGCCCAGGAGAUGCUAAAGCAGAUCUCAUCCCAAAAUCCCGAGGUUCUAGAGGCGCAGGUUCAAGAGAUGUGCGGAGACCUUGAAGCACAAGCUCCCAGUGCCUCAUCGGCUGGCGAAGCUGGCUCUGAGGAGAUUCUCAAGGCAUGUGCAGGAUUUGCCAAGAAGCUUCCAGGCAAACUCCCAAAGGAGCGCAAAUUCCACCAGGCCUUAGCCAACUAUGCUUUGUACAGUGCGUCGCCACGUUCUGCUAAGCACGCCGUGUCAAUUCUGAUGGCCACGACUGAACGGAAGCAAAUGUACGCAAAAGACCUUAUACACAAAUGUGUGAAGAAGUGGACGUACGGUUCUGACCACUUCCUCACCCGUCUUGCAACCCUAUCGCAGCUGAACUUGCUUGCCCCAGUAGAAGCAGACGAUGAAACCGAUGUGAUUUUCUCCAUUGCAAUCAAGCAGAUUCUUCUGAUCAAUCGCGCCCCAGAAGAAAACUCGCAGUAUACUUGGUCGGAGGAAAUUGAUGAGGAAACACAUGCAAAGGAGUGGGCGCUCAAAGUCAUCGUCAACCGCCUUCGUGCGAAGGAUGGCUCAGAUGAUGAUGAAGACUUCCGUACCCUUGCUAAGCCUGUCUACGACACAUUGACUAAGCUUGUGGCCGGAAGAGGUGAACUUUCCAAUGAGCAAGAUACUCCUGCGCAUCAAAAGUCGCGGUUGCGUCUUCUCGCUGCCAAGUCACUUGUGAAAUUAUGUUCUUCCAGUCUUUUGUGUGAUCACUUGCUGGCUCCUGCAGAUUUCAACGCGAUUGCUUUGAUGGCUCAAGAUCCACUUCUACCGGUGCGAACCAGUUUUAUCAACUACCUGAAGAAAAAGCUGGUUCAAAGGUCAUACCUCGGACAUCGCUGGUACGUUGUCCCUUGUCUACUUGCAUUCGAGCCGAGCAUAAGCUUGAAGGAGAACACGCUCAUCUGGCUGCGGUCUCGCGCAGCGGACUUCGCCAAUAAAGCUCAAUCCAUCGGAAAGCGAGAUGAGCAGACCAUGGUGAUGGAAUUGAUCUUUUCGCGUCUUUUAUCAUUACUAGCCUACCACCCUGACUAUCCACCUGAAGAUCUCGAUGAGGCAACGAAGCUCGGUGAUCUCAGCGACUUCUGCCAAUACAUCGUCUUCUAUCUAUCUGCAGUUGCCAACGAGCACAACAUGUCACUGAUCUUCCAUGUUGCUCAGCGUGUUAAGCAAUUCCGUGAUGGCAUCACCAAAUCAGACGAGAUGUCUACUCGUCUUCACACUCUGUCUGACUUGGCUCAAUCAACCAUCAGGAAGUUUGCUGACGUCUACUCGCAACAACAUAAAUUUGGCGGUGGGAGUGGAGGAACUAACAUCCUACAAACUUACCCUGGUAAGAUGGGUGUUCCUAGCUCCUUGUUCGCCACUAUGGGUAGUCACGAAGAAGCUCAAGAUGUUGCCGAGAAGAACUUCCUUCCAGAUGAGUUAGACGACAUGCUCGACCGUGUUGUACGAGUCGCAAUGAAGCAGGGACAAGGCUCCAACAAAAAGAGAAAGCCGGAAUCUGCCGAUGUUAAUGGUAAAGCCUCGGUCAAGAAAGCACGCAAGGAGAAGACUACACGGCCACCUCGCAAGUCUUCUUCAUCAGUGGGCGUUUCCAAGACCCCUCAACGCAAACGCAAGGGCGAUGACGAGUGGUCUGCGGCUGGUACUGAAAGUGUCACUGCUUCUGCCCGCCGUCGUAGCAGUCGAGGCACCGCCAAAGCCCAGGUUAGCUAUGUAGACAACGACAGCGAUGAAGAUGAUCAGGAGAUGCAGGAUGACGAUGUGGAAGCAGAGGAAGAUCAGGACGAAGAAAUGGAAGAUGAGGCUGAGGACCAGCCCGAUGAAGAUGAGGAAGAAGGGGUCAAAGACGAUGAAGAGGAGGAAGGCCUUGCACAGGCCAGUGAGAAAGAGAACUCUCCCCCGGCUCCAAAGCGUGGAACAAAAGCCACGACCAAGAGUCCUCGAUCCCAGAAAGGGAAACCAGCCACAGCCGCUUUGCCGACACGACGAUCAUCCCGCCGGGGAUAA